AUGGCAGGCGCCAACGACGACGACGGUGGUGAGAUGGUAUUCCCCGCGUCGCAGGCGAGCUCGCAUUUCCCUCUCGAGCUGGUCUCCGCAGCCGUUCUCUGCAGUCGGGAGACGAAGCGCAGAGAUGCGGCGGUGGCGAGGGGUAGAGUGCAGGUCGGGAGCCGGGAGGUCGAUGAGGAGGUUCUCGGUGGCGGGUUUGAGAGAGGGAGUGUUGUUGGGCUUAGUUCUGAGAGUGAGCAGAUGGGGAUCCUGAUUUCGAUGCAGGCGCUGGCCAAGACACUCUGCGGAAACGAGUCCGAGAGUGACGAGAGAGGUAAGGAGGCGAGGGUGAUGGUCGUCACGACGCAGCCUCCUGCGGCUAUUCUCCCAGCGUUAAGGGACGCCAUUCGAACGGAGCUCGUGGUACAUGGCACCGCUGAGGCGGACGUGAUGACGAGGUUGAGGCGGUGUCUGGGAAGGGUCUCUGUCUCGAGGGUGUUUGAUCUCGAGGGCUUGUGGGAGGCUCUCGGCGACUUGGACAUUCCGCCUGAGAGUCCUGAGCCACGCGUGGUGUCCUCCUCCCCGGGGGUUCGGGCACCGUAUGGGGAGCGGUUGAAGAAGGACGAUGAUAAGCAUGAUGCCGGAGGCGAGAAGAAGGAUGAAGGAACCGCGAACGUCGCGGUUGAUGUGGAAGUUUCUGCUGAGGAUGCGGCAAUUUCUUUGGGGAUGCAUGCUGCGUCAGAGCCGGAAAUGUCUCAACAGCCAGAGAGGAUUGUGUUGCCGGAACUCAAGCCACGGCCUCAGACGACCAAGUCUACGAGAACAGAGAUCGCCGACAGCGACGAGGAUGAUGAUGAGGACGCCAUCUCGCUGCCAUCUUCUUCGUCAUCUUCGCUGUCACCGCCACCUUCGACAAUUCGGUCACCGACACCGUUCAUGGCUGCAGAUUCUCCCGAGAGAGGAGCGGACGAAAAGGAAGACACUGAAGGAGCCGCAGAUGGGCAAGAUCUGAACGACACAUUGGAAAAGACACCAGAGCAAGUCACAGAAGAGCUUCACGACGAGGAGGAGACUGAGAGCAGACCGACGGCAGGAGAUGAGAUCCCCCACGCGAUCUUAGCCGUAGCAGGAGCAGCACCACCCGCGAGCAGAUUCCCAGAAGACGACAAUCCGAAAGAACCAGCCUUGCCGGACAUCAUCCUCAUCACCCACUUCCACAGCCUCAUGACGUCCCUCUUCACCCGACGCGACCGUCAGUCCGCGCACGACUCGCUCCAACGCCUCUCCUCCCACCUGCGGUAUCUAUCCAGAAAUCUGGAGACCAGCCCGUUGAUCAUACUUCUGAAUAGUACGAGUUCUUCAAAAGAGUCGACAAUAUCCAAGCCCGCGAAUACCCAAGGCGGUCUGCAGCCGCCGCCGCGGCCACCGAAUGGAGGAGAAAACGGCACUGAUAGCAGUGGAAAGGCCGUCGAUCCAACGCUCAGAUCCAUUUUCAAUCCGCCUGCGUUGAACAUCACAGGCUACGGCUAUGGUGGGAAUCAGGCGGCGUCGAGAAGGAACAAACCCACUUUUGGGCUCGUGUUUUCACAGCUUCUUGAUUUACACUUGCUGUGUACGAAGAUACCUAGGGAUAAGGAGGAUGCUGAGAGGUUGUAUACUGCUGCGCCUGGGGGUGGUGGUGGAGGAGAGGAUGACGGCACGGCGGUGAAAUUUGUGUGGGCUUUGGAGGUUCUUCUUGACGAGAUUGGUGUUUGGGAGCAUGAGACGGGAGCGGAAGCGGGAGGAAGAAGAAUGGCCUUGAGAAUAAUGGCCUUGAGAAAGGGCAGAGAGCAGAGAUGGGGUAUUGUUGAUAUCAGGGGCGGGCGGGUUGUCGAUGCCUUUGAGUCGGUGGAGCGGAAGAAGGUUGGGGAGAUUCGGGUCGUCGGCGGGUUUGGGGGCCCGCGAGUGUGA